AUGUACAAGCUCUCCAAACGGGUGCUAUUCACCGAGAAGAGUGACGAAGCAAAUUACCGACAGGCAAAGUCUCACCAUGUCAGGAGACAGGAACCAUUCAAUACCCUCCCAUUGGGUUCCGACUUCUUCCAGACAAGUUCAAAGUCUAGCCUGGGCCGUGGCUUCACCAGAAGCCCUUUCACGCGACAAGUCUUCACCGGAACCCUCUUAUGGUUAGACUGA